AUGGCAAUAUCAUUGAAAAAUAUUAAGUCCUUAGUUAAAAAGAAACAACAGUAGAAUCAAAUAGUGGAAGAAGUUAAAUAAGAAGAAUUAAAAACUACACUCAAUUAACAAGAGAUUAUUUAACCAUUUUUAGAUUCAUUUUCUAUAAAUGCUGUAAAAUAGUUUGAUAUAGAAGAUUUUAAAGUUAAAGGAACAGAUUAAGCUUACUAUAUUAAGAACUAUAUAAGUAUAGAGAGUGAGUAGCAUUUGCUAAAUUGCAUUACUAAAUUGGAUCAAGAUAGGUGGUUUGAGAUGAAAUCAGGCAGAGCUUUAAAAAGAUAUGGAGGUGAGGUUGGAUCAAAUGGUUUAUUAAAUUAAGAAUCUCUCCCAUCUUAUUUUGAAAUAAUAGCUUAAAAUUUAAGUGACUCAGGAAUUUUUCCAGAAUACAAACCAAAUCAUGUGCUUUUAAAUAAAUAUAGACCAGGAGAUGGUAUCUUUGCUCACAAAGAUGGGCCUUCUUAUUUCCCUUUCGUUUGCAUUUUGAGUCUCAAUAGUGGGAUUAUCUUGUAUGUAAAGGAGACACUUGAGGGUCUUAAUGAGAGGAAAAAUUAUAGAGCUAGAUUCUAUCUUGAGCCUAGGUCAUUGUUUAUUUUCACUUAAACGCAUUAUGAUACUCAUUUCCACGGUAUUGAUGAAGAUUUAGAAGAUGUGGUUUCAAUAAAAAAUGACAAUGAUUUUAAAGUUGAUAAUUUGGAGAUGACUGAUAUUUUGUAAACAUAUUAAGCUGGUGAGGAUGGACUUAUUCAUAUCCCAAGAGUUGAAGAAAGAUUAUCAUUAACUAUUAGGUAUGUCCCAUCAUUGUAAGAAUGA